ACUUCUUAUUAAAAAUAAAAUAUUCAAAGCAAAUUAAUUAGUUGUAUCAACACAUUUUAUUACAAGAUUUUACACCAAAAUGUCUCAUUGGUCUGCUGAAAAUGCUACUAGAGCUUACCUCAGAACCAUCAAGAUGGGCAAAAGAGGCAAAGAGCCUGAUGUAGCAGAGUUCAUAUCAGCCCUAGCAGGGGGAAACAAUGCUCAAUUUAUGGUGGAGGUAUGUGGGUCCAUUGCAGGCCCAACUACCUUGGGCCUUGUGGCUGCAGCCCAACAGACUGGAGGGCGGGUGGUCUGUAUCUUACCCGGGUCAACGGAGCUCCAAGCAUCGAAAUCACAGUUAUCACGUUACUUGGACCACGUCGAGUUUGUGAUAGGGGAUCCCCUCGAUUUGUUGACUAAUCAGUUUAAGAGUGCGGAUUUUGUGACCAUCGAUUGUAAUAUCGAUGGUCACGAAGUAAUUUUCAAAACUGCUCAAAAAGAAAGGAUUCAAGGUAAAGGCGGGGCAUUAGUUGUAGGGUACAACGCCCAACAUCUAGUGCCCUCGUGCAAUGAGUUAGGGGGUCAUUUCUUACCUAUCGGGGAAGGGUUGUUGAUUAGCAAAGUGCCUAAAAAUCAUGGUAUUCGGGAUUAUAAUGGUAAUGGACUCAAUACAAAGAGGAGUAAAUGGGUAGUAAAAGUGGACAAAUGCACUGGCGAAGAGCAUGUGUUUAGGGUAACUUCCCCUCAACAAAAAAUAAUUCAAGCUUGAUUGUUUAAGAUGUAAAUAUUUAGGAGUACGUUAUGAAUCGUGAUGCAAAUCUAGCUUUGUUGUUUUUGGAAAAGCUUAGAAGUUUGUUUCGAUCUUUCGUUGUUAAUUCAAUCAAUUUAGGGUCUAUGGAUAAGGAAUAAUUCUAUCCAUAAAUGUAGCAUUUCUAUUUAUGUCCUCUUGCAUAUUUGUAUUAGUUUCAACAAAUUAUGUACACCUUAUAUUGAAAAUUGUUAGAGAUUAUGUACUAAUAAGAUUAGCAACAAUUGCACUAAUCUAUGUAAUACUCAAAACAAAUGUAUAAAGUUAUCAUAUCUACUUGUAAG